ACUGAGGGUCAGGCGAAGCCGGCGCGCGUGCGCACUCCGAAGCGCACCGGCCGCUAGUUGCCGUGGCAACGAGGAGUGGAUCUGAAAAGGUGCUUCGGAGAGAAGAGGAAGGGCCAGUGUGAGUUUGUCCUGCAGCGCUGUCCGACAGAAAAAAAGCUCUGGUUCAUAGAGAGGGAGAGAGGGCCGAACGCGGGUAGUGUUGACGCGGAAGGUGCGGGUCGCUGUGGGCGGUCCGCGGAUCCUUCCUAUAAGGCACAAGGCUGUGAUGUGGCGAGGGACCUCAAACCAAACUGGGAGAGUAUUUUAAACUUAGAUGCCGUCUCUCCAGUGCAUUUCUAUUGACGCAUGUAUUAAUUGCCUUCUGAUCACUGAAAGCAAUCGGUGAUUAAAUGGCUUGUCGUCUAGUCCUGUGUUUUCCUACCUGGCACAACCUCCUAACCGUGUGCAAACUAAUUACAGUCAGUUUGCUGUUGUGGCAAUUAGCGUCAGGCAGAGGUUUAUUUCUCACCUAUUGCCAGUCCAACGGGUCACCAUUAUGUUUUCUCAUACAGUUCGACUACAUCUGGCAUGUUUCGUUAUUUUUUAAAUCAUACAAUUUGCUAAUGCUAUGUGACUUUAGUGAGGCACAGUUUUAACGCUUUUUACCUUGACAUUAGUCACAACGGCACAAUACAAAUCUGGUGAAAUUGUAGACCAAAGAGCUACCUACUGGUUAACGAUGGUAUGAAUCUUGUUAAAAAAAAUAAACUAUUUUUAUGAUGCAUACUUGGUCAUUGCCAAGUUAGAGGCAUUUUGAAUUUGGAAAAUAAUAACAGUGACCUUUCAGUAGUUUACAUGCCUUCCUCCAGCCAAGGCUACUGUAAGAAAUACUGCAUACAAACUUCUUUCAUAGAUCUCCAUGCCAGCAAUGAAAAGGAGCAAGAAGCAGAAAAAAAUGGAAGUUAUUGUAAUGGGAUGCUAAAGAUUGUUGAAGCCUCACCACGGUGUUUCCUGAUACAGCAUGUUAAAAAAUAAGGAUCGUUCAUCUAAAAAAAGUAACUUAGCAGUCUCUGCAGUUGCCUUACAAGACCACAUAUUACGUGAUCUUCAACUUGGACAUCUCUCAGUAGCAGAUCCUUGUAAGACAAAAGUGCAAAAGAAAGAGAACAAAUCACAAUCUCUCAGAAAAGGCUCGGCAGCCAUGAUGGACACUGGACUUAGAAAGACUGCAGAGGGGCCUAAAGGGGAAGAUCCAGAGAAGGAAUAUGUUCUAGACCCCACACCACCACCGUUAACUUUAGCCCAGAAACUGGGUCUCUUGGCACUUCCCCCAUUACCACUGUCAUCAGAUGAAUGGGAGAAAGUGAAGCAGAGAUCCCUUCUACAAGGGGACUCCAUGCAGCCAUGCCCAAUAUGUAAAGAAGAAUUUGAGCUCCAACCCCAGGUACUGCUUUCCUGCUCACACGUGUUCCAUAGGGCAUGCCUUCAGGCUUUUGAAAAGUUCACAAAUAGAAAAACCUGUCCUCUCUGUAGAAAGAACCAAUAUCAAACGAGAGUGAUACACGACGGGGCUCGUCUGUUCAGAGUAAAGUGUGCCACCAGAAUCCAAGCCUAUUGGAGAGGGUACAUCGUUAGAAAGUGGUAUAGAAACCUGAGAAAAAUGAUCCCACCUACGGAUGCCAAAUUAAGGAGAAAGUUCUUUGAGGAAAAGUUCACAGAAAUCAGCCACCGAAUCCUGUGCUCAUACAAUACCAACAUAGAUGAACUCUUCUCAGAGAUUGACGUCUGCUUGGCAGUAAAUCGUAGCAUUCUUCAGCAGCUAGAUGAAAGGUGUGGCCAGGAGAUCACUGAGGAGGACUGGGAGAAAAUCCAAGCGCAGGCUGCUCACCAUGAGAUCUAUGAAUGUUCUAUCUGCCUGACUCCACUCUUCUUCCACUGCGAUGGUCGGCAAGCAGCCGCAGGGACCAGCAGCCAGCAUCCCCGAGAGACGGUCCUCCUGUCCUGUGCACAUCUGUUCCACAAUGCCUGCCUCCUGGCCUUGGAGGAGUUUUCUUUAGGAGACAAUGCUCCUUUCAACGUCUGUCCUCUCUGUCGCUCUUGCUACCAAAAGAAAAUUGUUGAAUAUUGAGUCCAUGUCCAGGAAGUUAAAUCUAGGACUAGAACAAGAGAGGGGAAAAGGCUACCUUGCUUUCGGAUGAGCUGAAUGAGUUCUGGGUUGAGGACUACACUACUGACUGUUCUUUGUGAUUAUAUAGAGAAAAUAUAAGUACCUAUUUGACUGUGAUCUUUAUUACAUAAAAAACAGCUUGUGUAUUUGUUGAAGUUAGUCACUUAAAAUAAAUGAAAAAUAGUGUUAUUUAGAAUGUGGCUAGUGUUAUGACCAAGAGCCAGGAAACCAGAACAGGUAAAACCCACUCAGUGGCAUUAGCAGUGCGGGAAUGGAGACGGGGGUCUAUCCUACAGGCCUUUCACGCUCCCGGCUCUUCCUAUCGCAAGGAUUUAAGUCUCCUUCACCUCAGCCUUCACCAGGGAAUCUGCUCUCUGUGCUGGGAGGCAGUGCCUGUGUGAGACAGCAUCCAGCCUGGAUGUCAGUGCAGCAGAGCAGCACGGGGCAAACAGAGGCAUGGUCAAGAGCUCAGAACUGUUCCCACACAGUGUGAGAAGCAUUUUACAACUCAUUCCUUAUUUUUAACCCUUUUAAAAUGAUAUAUGCAUUGAUAUAUAUAUUGUGAGUUAGUAUAUACAUGUUGUGCUCAAAUUCUUCUUAAUGACUAGAUAUACUAUCAUGACAUCUAGAGGAUAAUCUUAAGAGUACUCAGUGGUAGAGACAGGCUGCAUCUCAGAGAACUACUCUUCCAUUCCGGAGACUCAGCUGAGAGCACAGUGCAAACUUUUACCAUUCCACCAUGCCUUCUUUAGUCAGUGUCACAGGGAAAUCAGCAUUGAUUGGAACAUCUCAUGCCAGUGAGAAGGUUCAGAGGCCCAUCGAAUGUGAUGACCCUCUCACUGUGACUUCUUCCUCAGCACAGCUUCACUGUAAUGAACUGAUCUCCCCUUAGCUUAGCAGAUGUCUCUGCAUUUUUGCAAGAUUAAGCCGUCUUGUCACUGCCCACUCCCAUUUAUACUUAGGAAGCUUGCAUGCUCUGGGUUUUAGCAAUUGUAGUCUCCCUUUCUCCCCACAUUGCAGAUAGACGUGAGUUUUUCCACACUUAUAAACUUUUAUGGUUGCUGAUCUAUAUAGGACCUGACCCAUCCUUAGGCACUCUCAUUGCUAACUCAUGAACUGAGUAAGACACUGUCAAAGGAAUGCAUUUUCAGAGCAUUUUGGUCCAGAAAAGGUUUAUGUGAGCCAACAACAGGUGUUCUGAAGCUUCUGCUUGGAGAGCAAGAAGAGUCCUAGAAACCCAUGACAAGCUAGGGUGGAGUCCAGCCUUACGGUGCUUUGUAGGACUCCUUUCCUUUCAAAGUACAUGAGACAGACACAUCAUUAUAAGACUGCAGUGUCACACAGCCCUCUAUUAUUUAUCCUUACUACUCAGGACAUAGCUAAUGAGUUUUAUCCACAAAGUAUAGCUAGAACUGGACCUACUUCAAACUUUCUGAAUCCUAAGUAACAUUAUAGGUUUGAGUAGAGAAAGAGUGUAAGCAAGGGCUUCAGGUAGUGAGUGGCAAAAGCCAGCUGCUGCUGCUGCUAGUGUUAUUUUCAAGAUCAAAGUCCUUGCAAGAUACAUCCCUAAAAUUGGCCUCCUUUUAGAAUCACACCAUCUUAGACAUCUGCUUAUUGAUCUGCAGUAAGUACUGACUGCAUUUAAAGAAUAGAGGAGGUUCCUUAUGUUCCAUGGACAGGCAAGCUAGAGUGGCUACUCACACUCUCAAGUCCCAUCAACACACAGAAGUAAGCCUCCAAAAUUUGUCUGCUGUCUGCAAACUCUGAACAUGCCAAUGGGAGUCACUGGAAUCUAGCUGACCUGGCCUGACCUACCUCUUCACUCACGAAUGGGGCAACCUCAAAUACCUUCAGCUGUUUAGGCUAUGCUCCAAAGACAUGAAAUGGGGUAUGCAUUUCCUAUCUGACAGUUCAGAGCUGCCCAUGUGUCAGGGAGGAACACUUGUUUCCUGUCCCCAUGCUUCUUGCACAUCAGCCCCACGUCACAGUCUCUGAUGUGAGCUCACAGUAAGACACAUAAGACAUGGCGACCCACCCUGGAGCCUGAGCCAGUGCAGGCCUGCAAGAGAACAAAGGCCAGACUCUUCAAACAGUAAGCAGUGGGGACAGCCUGGGGUCUCAGGAACAUGGUCUGUGCCGUUUAAGUCUCUGGGUAUAAUGCUGUAGGAACUUAUACCUUUUAAAUUUCUGGGUAUAAUGCUGUAGGAACUUACAUCUUUGGUGCCAAGGUUUCAUGUUUGCAGCAGGACUUUUCAUAACAGUUCUUGGGUGGAAUGUGAAAACACUCAGAAAACUUUUGAGGCAACAAAUUUACCCAAUUAAUAUUCAAGCUAACACUAACAACAAACCAGAUUCAUUAUGUUUUUCAAAUGGAAACCUAGCACCCAUUUUGUACUAAUAGGUCAGGAAAUAGCUUCAUUUGUGCCUGGUAUUUAAAAAAAUAAUAAACAUCAGAAAAUGCCA